UGAAAAUACAUCGGGAUCGGGAAACAUCAGUUGUCCAGCAUGGAGAAGGCAAAGCAAAUUGCUUGCGAUUUCAUCGACAAAUGUGCAGACGAUCUUCACCAGCUGAGCAGAAGCAUUUGGGAAAACCCAGAAUUGGCAUACAAGGAGCACCAUGCACAUGAUGUCAUCACAAAAUUCCUGGAAAAACACGAUUUUCCUGUCGAGAAACACUACAAACUGGACACUGCAUUUCGUGCUGAAUUUUCAACCUCUGACCCCAAGAACAAACCUCGAGUUGCUGUAAUAUGUGAAUAUGAUGCUCUUCCAGGCAUUGGACAUGCAUGUGGUCAUAAUCUUAUCGCGGAAAUAGGCGUGGCGGCUGGAAUUGCCAUAAAACAUGCAAUGACGUCAUGUGGAGAAACACUAACAGGACAGCUGUCGGUGAUUGGCACUCCAGCAGAGGAGGGGCGUUGUGGGAAGCAUGAUCUGAUCGCAGCAGGAGCAUUCACCUCGGUGGACGUCGCAAUGAUGGCCCACCCAUCCCAGUACACCUUGGCUCGCCCAAAAUAUACAUCAAUGAUUCCAGUGACAAUCAAAUUCUCUGGCCAGGCAGCCCAUUCUGCCUCCCACCCGUGGGAGGGCCUCAAUGCACUGGAUGCAGCGGUCAUGUGUUAUAACAGCGUAUCCUGUCUGCGCCAGCAGAUGAAACCAACAUGGAGAGUUCAUGGAGUGAUUCGUAAUGGAGGAGUUGAACCAAACAUUAUUCCAGAUGAAACAGAACUGGAAUUUUUCCUGAGGGCGCCAUCGGAGGCGGAGUUAGAGGUCCUGAAAAAGAAAGUGAUUGACUGCAUUAACGGGGCCGCCCUCUGUACAGGUUGUCAGGCUAGUUUCACUUUUGGAGCCAAGCAUUACCAGGCCUUGUUGUCUAACAACACAAUGGCGGAGCUGUUUGAGGAGAACGGGGGACAGCUGGGUAUAGAGUUUGAUCAGCGAGAAGAGAUCCGCACCAAGUUCGGAGGCUCCACAGACAUGGGCAAUGUGUCGCAUGUGGUGCCCAGCAUUCACCCAAAGUUCUAUAUUGGAACCACCGUGAGCAACCACUCUAAGGGAUUCACAACCGCAGCAGCCACAGACAUUGCCCAGACUUACAGUUUGAAUGUGGCUAAAGCCCUCGCGAUGACCGCCAUCGACAUUUUGUCCAAACCUGAGCUGCUCCCCAGAAUACAAGAGGACUUUCAUAAAGAUAUAAAGGGAACGUCAUAGGGCUUAUGUUAAAAUGGUGCAGAUAAAGAUAUAUGUAUAUAUAUAUGAUAUGUAGAUUGAAAUGAUUUAAAUAUUUUUUUCAUAGUUUUCCAUUCAUGAAUUAAUUAGAAUUUCGAGGAAGAGAAAAGAGAUUUGGGG